UCCCAAGUUCAGGAUGUUUGUUUGUUUCUGAUUGAAAGUCGAAUAAAAUAAAAAAAGGCUCCCGCUGAAAGCUGGCGGCCAGUUUAUUAUCAUCAUCAUCAUCAAAGAAAGCAGGACUUGCCCAUUCGAUCGAUCAUUUGCCACUGCUGAUCAGCCUAUACUCGACUCACUCUUCAAGCCAGCAGCCGCCUGAAGACUACUGACACCAGCUCAUCAGCCUCAACAAUCUGCACACACCCUUCAACCCAGCCAGCCAGCCAGCCAGCCAGCCCGAGGAUCUUUUUCAUCUCCUCAGCCCUCGAUCCGCGCCGUCUCUUAAGUACAAAAAUAGGCUCAGCUGCCCACAUCCCAAACAAACCAUCCCCCCCCAAAAGAAAAUAAUAAUAAUAAUAAAGUCUCCAGCGUAGAUCCAGUCGCCAACUAAGAUCCAUCAACUUGUCUCCUUCACUGCAUCAGCAUCACCCAUCCCCAUAUCAAUCACUCACUCAAAUUCUCACAGUCUUCCUAAACCAUCCCACCGGACUCGCAUACGCUCAAAUACUAGCUGCUUCCUCCCUCCUGUAUCAAAACAACACUCUCGAACCAUCAAAAAAACAAAACAGAUCAAUCCUAUCUAUCAAGUAACAUAUACAAACACAAAAAAUAAUACAUACAAACCUCGAUUAUAAACCUUUAUCUUUCGGAAGGAAACACACACACACACUAUAAAAAAAGAACGAAACGAAACGAGAAGAGAAAAGAGAACAAGCGAAAGGAACGAGAUGCAUCGAUUGGUAUACCUGAAACUGAAGGCGAAGGCGCUCCAAGACUCCUCCAACCGAUCACCCACAAAGUCAUCAUCAUCCGAAGCUGCCAACAAUCACCAAGCUUCCCCCAACAGCUUGCCCGUCCUCGAGCUCUCUCUGCCCGACUCCAAGAGCUUCAGAGCUUCAGUCAUCCUCCCCGAUCUCUCACGUCGAUUUACUCUGCUAAGAACGAAUGGCGAACUUCUACCCAUCAACAACUUUCGCCAACGUCUGAGACACGAACUUGAGACCGGACAUAUCACCCAAGAGGACGAGAGUAUCCUCAUGAACCAAUACCGCCAACAGUAUCUCAACGAAUCACCCUCCGCUGUACAUCUUGAUUAUAGCUCUCCAAUCUCACCCACCGAGCAUCACCCAGCUUAUUCACCCAAAAAGUCACCCUCCACUACUAUCAACGCUCUCUUCUCUGCAAAUACCUCCGCACGUGACGCGGCAUACAUUAGAAAAACUCUCAAAAUGUCCCAUAAAACAUCCUCUGCGAAUAAAGACAAACCUGGAUUUAAAGAACCCUCGCCUACCACUCAACCUGCUGUGAUGAUACCUAAUAAUAAUAACCCCCUCAAGACAGCACGCCCAAGAACUCCACAAUACCAUUGGAUUAUCAUACCUCAAUCUACUCCAGUCAUCCAAGCAACCCUGAUCAUUUGGAUCGGAUGGAUGAGUGGAAGUCGAGGAGGAGGUCGAAUACCCGGAAGUGCGGAGUCUCAAUCAGAUUCGGUCGAUCAACACAGCUCUCUGGCCGUCGCUUCUCAACUCGAUGCCGAAUUUCGCGUCCAUGAAGAACUUUUCAGGGCCUUACCCGACAACUCCUCCUCCUCAUCUCCACCCACCAGCUCCUUCUCCUUGUCUAUAAACCAACCAAACUCUUCCCAGGAUACUCCCUCCAGCCCAGAGAAAAAUCACUUCUCUGAUCCCCAGCCUCAUUCGUCCCAGGAACUGCAUUCCAUGGCCCUCUCGAUCAAUUCGGCCCCAUCAUCUGAUGAUACCCUGAACAGUGAAUUAUUCCAGGAGAAUCUCGAGCUCAUCUUGCCGGAAGAUGGAUUUGAAGAUGAUUCUUCGGUCCUCCAAUUCGCCUCCGAACUAGAUGAUCUUCCCCAGCCAUCACCAUUCCUCGACAGAGAGCAAAUCCUCCCCUUCAUUGAUCUAACCUACGACGAGGUUCUUUUUAUCCAUCAGACCCUUGUUUCACCCUCCCCCCAUCAUCAACCAUCGAAGCACUAUGGAAGCAAAGCCAAAAAAUCAGCCCACCGUGUCGACAUGUCAUCAUCACCCACACCCUCACAUAGUCGUGCUACAUCUCAUCCGCGUAACCUAUCGACAUCUCCUUCGCUUAGCAGUCUGGCCGAUCCACAUAGCUCACUUGGCAGUCAGGAUCCCAUGCCUCCCAUCCUGUCUCCUCGUUCGAGUGCGCUUCAGCAGCGGCUCAAUCUGGCUAAAUCUGCCGGUAUCGGCACCUGUCACAAGAUGCGCACACUCCGUCAACAGUCAAACGAAACUCACUCCCCCGUCGAAUCCUCUCCCAUCACAAACCACAAUCAUUUCCCCCUACUCACUUCCCCUUCUGUCUCGGACAGUCCUGAUGUUUCUUCCUUUCCACUCACCCCUCCUACCCAUCACUAUGCCCGGUUUCCUGGGGCCGAACAUCCAUGUAUCCCCUCGCCUCCUAUCAGUGCCGAUUUAGCAGCCAGUGACUCGAAGGAAGUCCGUCCCAGGAAUUUCAACUCUCGUGCAGGUCGACCGAUACCCACUACGAUCCUUUUCCGGGAUGUGGAAGCUCAGGCAGUUGCAGCCAAUGCUGCCCUCCACAAAACGGAGUCGGAAGUUAAGAAAGUCCCAUCGCGGAAGAGGAUGAUCUCGAGGGCGCAGAUCGGCGCGCCCAAGUUAUUAUCAUCAUCGGCUGAGAUCACCGGGAUUCAACUCGAACCUACCGGAAGUGAAGGCAGACAGAGCUUUACCCAGAAGACUAAAGCACUCUCUAGAGGGACUUUCAGGAUAAGACUCAAGAAGAAACGGCCCUCUGAAUCGGCUAUCAAUCGCCAUGAGACGGGCUUUUCUGUCGAUGAACCACGCUCACCGAUGAAGUCUUUCGGUAGUAACCCCAAUCUACGCGAAGGCACAUGGAUGACGGAGAGUAUGAAAGGUGGAUUAUUUCAUGCUAGAGAGUCCUUCACCGACUCGCCCAGUAGUCAACUCAAUCGAUCCGACUGCAAUCGCGACCAAGUCUCGUCGCCUACUUCCUGGAAAAAUCCACAUGCUUUGACUUCGCUUCGCAAACUCAUGGAUCGCCAUCGGAACUCGCUCUCGAACUCGGGUCAACCAUCGAAGGUUGAUGGAGAUCCCAACAGUCCAGUCCCUUCUACCGGUACAUCCAGUGACCUUGUCCCUUCGUCCGAGAAAGCCUCUUCGCCUCCUCGGCCUCGUCGGUCCUGUACCACGCCCCAUUCCGAUCAAGACUCUCAGAGCGGAUGGAAAUCGUUCUCUAAAUCUCUCUCCCAGCUCUCCAAGUCUCGGGAGAGUGGGAUCGAAGAGGACCACCAGUCGAUCCCUGUCCAACCUCUCAAACUCCAUCAUCAUCAUCAGCCUGAUAAACGACGCCCUCAGAGUCCGAAGCCGUGGUUUGUGGUCGAUCAUACCCAGCCGGAGAGGCCGCACCGCUCGGAAGAGACGGUGGCUAAGACGGCCUCCAGUUUGUCGGUGGAUGAUGAGCCAGAAGACCCGACUCCAGAGAUCGAGGAGACCUGUGAUGUGUCACUCAACAUUACCGGACCUGUGGAUGAGCCAGCGAGUAGUGGUGAGCCUAUGGACAGACGGAGCUCGGCGACGAAUGAAGAGAGGGAAGCCAAUAAAGGCGGGUCGAAGUGGCUGGAAGUGCAGACGACGGAGCCAUACGAAGGGCGCAGUGACUACGCCUCCUCGAUCCUUGACCUCUACGGCUGCGAGCCCAACUCGCCCGGGCCGACGAGUCCGAGUCAAGAUCCUAGUCGACGGAGUAGUCUUAGUCGCUACAGCACCACCUUCGAGGAACCUUCUCCUUCCCGACCGGCUUCUCCGAUCUCUUCCGAUCCUCCAGGCCUGCUCCUCAGUCAUCCGAUCGAACCCACUACCUCGGCUACUUCGACACCGGCUCCGAUCGUCCUUCGUCUCUCAAAGCUCUAA